AUGACUCGUUCUCUUGCUCCCCAUCGAAUUACCCCCGCAUCGUUAUCCUUGCCCUCUGACAAAGUUUCAGAGAGCGCGUCUAAUUUAGCAUCCAUAGCACCAAAAGUUAAUCCCAUCUCGAAGACUUGCGCAAUCUCAGCCUCUUCAUUCUUCGAUCUCGUAGUGAUGGGAGCUGGGCCUGCUGGACUGGCUCUUGUCUCUCGCAUCCUAGAGUCCAGACCUGCGGCACUUUACACCGAUCAAGAGCAUGUAUACCUUCACUGGCUACAGCGUAGUCGCAACCCCUCUCUCCUCAAAACCCGUAAGCGGGGAGCUGGAAGCGACUGGGUGGUAGUAGAUGGUGCCUCUUCCGAAAAGAGCGGCUGCUAUUGUGGUGGUCGCAUGAGAAUACUUGUACUCGAUAAACUAGGUGAAGGCUGGAUGACAAACUGGAACCGGCAUUUUGAAGCGUUCAAUAUCACCCACCUCCGUUCUCCCCUCUUCUGGCAUCCCGGCCCGGCAGACCUCGAUGCUCUCAUUACCUUUGCCGAGAGGAAAGGUCGAUCCAAAUCCGGUCCUCCGACAGUUCUUUACUCGCAAACCCGAUCUACAUCCCCUCGCCCUGAACUCAUCGAAAUCCCAGGCUGCGUCGGCGCCGAGAUAUCUAAGCAUAAACGAACCUCGCGUCGGUCAAGGCAGGAGACCAACUACGCCCGAUUGGUUCAGAACAGCGGGCCAACUAUUAACGAACGCGACAGAAGAGACUACUUUACACCUGGGACGGCGCUGUUUCAUGACUUUGUCCAAGAGGACGUCGUGCAACGCUAUGGCCUCGCCUCUUCAGCACCUUGGCCAGAGGCCAAAUCAGGACUGAACAAUCCUCAUACAGGCGCGAUAACCAUGCUCAAAGGCGAGGUUGCUUCUUUAGAUUGGGUACCUCUUCACGUCGAAGGAUCCGGUCACACUGCCGGCUUCUGCGUUCAGACAAAUGACGGGGCGUGUGUAGGUGCCAAGGCUGUAGUUUGCGCUGUGGGAAUGGGGGGAUGCCCAUCCAUUCCACCAGUGCUAUCUUCUUCUACCUGCGGCUCCACAAAAUUAGAAAUGCACGGCCCCGGUUGGGCUCAUUCGUCUUUUCUCACCAAUCCUAGUUAUACGUUUCCUCCUGAAUACUGCAAUCGUGGUACUGCGGUUGUCAUUGGCGGUGGACUUACCUCGGCUCAAAUCUGUCACUUGGCCCUGCAAAAAGGAAUCUUCAAGGUUGUCUUGGUUCUUCGUGGCUUCAUGAAAGUCAAGCCAUUUGAUGUUUCACUCGACUGGAUUGGUCGCUACUCCAACUUGAAAAAGAUGGAGUUUUGGCAGGAAGAGGAUUCGCUCCAACGAUUGAAUAUGUUACGCUCGGCAAGAAACGGGGGUAGUAUUACCCCGACGUAUGCCAAGAUCCUAAAGAUGCAUCAAGAUCGCGGAGCACUUGAGAUACUCACCAACACCUCUUUGGAGGGAGCCCAGUGGGAUGACGAGACCAAGACAUGGUCACUAGAUAUCCGCACCAGCGACCCCCCUUCAUCCCCGGCCGAGAAAUCUCAGGUCUCUAAUAUCACCUGCGAUUUCAUUGUCUCGGCAACUGGUACCACACCCUCGUUUUCGUCUCUCCCAUUCAUAAAAUCUUUGUCCAGAAAUUCAAGCUUACCCGUAUGUCCUAUGGUAGGUGGGCUGCCGGUGCUAACCUCGCAUCUCCAAUGGCCUGGUCUUCCACUGUUCUGCGUUGGGGGGUACAGUGCACUCCAAGUCGGUCCAGCAGCCUUUAAUUUAGGAGGCAUGAGAGAAGCGGCUGAUCGAGUAGUGGAACGUCUCGAAGAGCUCGCUAUAGGUAGAGACCUGGAUGAUGAGGAUGUAGGCAUAGACAUGAAGGCUACCGAGGAAGAGGUCAAAAACGACUAUACCUAUUUCGAUUUCAACUUGUUGUCGGUUGAAGGUUGA